AUGCCUGGAAAGCCCAAAGUCGAAGAGCCAUCCAAAACUAAAGCUGUAACGAGAGUUUUUGCCUCGACAACAUCUAGUCAUUCCUGGAUAUCGGCUAAAUUAGUCAAAUGUCUGAAUCUCUCAAGAAGAGAUUUGGAUCUCACAGUAAAUGGUAUUAACACAACGACUGUUGUUAAAACGAAACAAGUUCAGACGAAGGUAUCUUCUAACUUCGAUGGAUUCGAAUACAUAUUCGAAUUAACCGCAUUGGUCAAGGAUGAACUUAAAGUCGGUACCGAUACCGUCAACAUCCCUGCAUUACAGAGCAAGUAUCCGUACCUUGCUCCCAUCAAACCAAUUGUGUAUAGCUACGCCGAUGUAGACUUAAUAAUUGGUCAAGACUCCUUCCAUGCUAUUCGGCCUGAGGAGUAUUUCAAGAGUGAGGCCGAUCCAAACACAUCGCCCGUCGCGGUUCGCCUUCCAAUAGGCUGGGUCUUGAGCGGCCCAAUGCCGACAUCUACUGGUUUCCUUUCUACUUGUUUCAAGUGCAAUACGGAUGAUACCGAACUAGCUUGUCAAAUCAAACGCUGGUAUGAAAUAGAGUCAUACGGAGCCUACAAACAGGUCGAUUCCCCUUCAACCGAAGACAAAAGGGCGGCUAAAAUACUUGAUACCUCCACCGUCCACGAUGGAUCAAGAAAUGCUGUAGGUAUGCUUUGGGCAGAAGAAUCUAUCAUGUUACCAGAUAAUUACUAUUCCUCUUUGGUUCAGUUAAAAUCGUUGGAAAAACGUUUAGCGAAAGAUCCUCACUUAAGGGAUCAAUACUCAAAAACUAUCGAAGAUGAUUUGAGUAAAGGAUACGUGAUUCAAGUUCCUCCCCAUAAUUUUUCGAACCGCAGCAUACGCGAGUGGUAUCUUCCUCACCAUCCCGUGGUGAACCCAAACAAACCUGGUAAAGUGAGGCGUGUCCUUAACGGAGCGUCUAAAUUCCAUGGUACGUCAUUGAACAAAUCGUUGCUAGUAGGACCCGACCUACUGCAGAAUCUUGUGUUCGUUCUCCUCCGUUUUCGUCAACAUCAUUUUGCCGUAUCGGCUGACAUUGAAGGGAUGUUCCUACAAGUUGGCGUCCUUCCAGAGGACCAACCAUCUCUUCGUUUUCUGUGGCGGGAGGACCCCACAGCCGAUGUGGUUGUACACCAGUACACCAGAUUUAUCUUUGGAGCGAGAGAUUCGCCAAUGUGUGCAAAUUAUGCAUUGCAACGGACUGCAAUGGAUAAUCAGGCGAUGUUCCCUGACGCAGCGUCCGCAGUUCUAGAGAAAUUUUAUAUGGACGACUACCUUGACUCCUUUGAGGACCCUGAUGUUGCAUUUAAAAUGAGUCAAGAGUUGAUUACUCUGUUAGCUCUAGGUGGUUUUAAAUUAACCAAGUUCAUAACUUUUCUUCGCGCCCGUGUGAAAACUUCACUCGAAACACAAGUUGCCUUCGUCUUUGGAAAAGCAAGAGUCGCGCCCAUGAAAGCGCUUUCCAUCCCGAAGCUUGAACUGCAGGCCGCGUUACUCGCUACCCGCUUGAAGGAAGAUGUCCUCAAAGCUCUAACCAUUCCUGUGUCAAACACGUUCAUGUGGACUGACAGCAUCACUGUGCUCCAGUGGUUAAACUCAGGUAGUAAGCAACCCACGUUCGUGGCAAACCGGAUUGGAGAGAUUCUAGAAAGUACGACCGUAGACCAUUGGUUUCAUGUCUUAAGUGGAGACAACCCUGCUGAUACGGGAACCAGAGGAAUCUCAGCGGAGUCCUUAAAAACAAGCAGCUGGGUGAACGGGCCAAGUCUGCUGAAAAGUGGCGAGUGGCUUUUCAAGCCGAGCAUAGAAAUACUUACAAAAAUCCGCCUGGCUGCUCCCGCUUGUGACCUUAAUGAAGGUUUACAGCAGGCCUCUAAUUUUUCAAACGUUGCACUGAAACAAAAACAACCCAUUUUAUUUGAUUGGGAAAAAUUGAGCUCGUUUCGUAAACUCCAGCGAGUGGUUGCCUUCAUGCUCAGACUUAGUCCGAAACACCGGCACUACCGCACUAAAGUCAAGGAAAUAACCGAUCCGGUUGAAUUAGAAACCGCCAAACAACGACUUUUGUUGAUUUCCCAAAAGGAAUCUUUUGAAGCGGAAUAUUUACUCCUGUCCUGCAACAAAACUGUCAAAAAGUCUAGUCAUAUUGCACAGUAUGCACCGUUUAUGGGUCCUGCAAUCCUCAUUCGUUCAACUGAAUAUGACACAAAACACCCCAUAAUCCUUGAUGGAAGGCAUUCUUUGGUGAAAUUGUUCGUAAGUGAUAUUCAUUAUCGCUAUCAGCACCAGUUCUUAGACUACCUGCGAGCUGUAAUUCACUUAGAGUUCGCAAUCUUGAACCUUCGCUCUUUAUUGAAGUCCAUUGAAGUCCACUGCCUUAUAUGUAGGAAGCGCAAAGCCAAAACUGUCACACCUAUGAUGACAGAACUUCCAGUUGAAAGGCUUGGUUACCGCCAGCCUCCCUUCACAAACUGUGGUGUUGAUUACUUUGGACCUUUUUACGUCUCAAUCAGGAGGAGUUCUGAAAAACGAUGGUGCUUCCUUUUUACAUGUAUGACCACCAGAGCUGUACAUAUUGAGAUUGUCUCAUCCAUGGACACGAGUUCGUGUGUAAUGGGAAUAUAA